UUGGCUAUCGAGCCAGAGGGGGCGGGAGGAGUGCCGGCGCGGUUUGGCUGCAGCGACACCGGCUUACAUAGGGCGGAGUCCGGUGUGUCCUUGGGCGCAGACGCCGGACGGUGUUGGGCAGUCGGGCUUGUGGUUACCGCCGUGGGCGCAGUUACCAGCAAUGGGCGAUAUUGAGAAGGGCAAGAAGAUUUUUGUCCAGAAAUGUUCCCAGUGCCAUACGGUUGAAAAAGGAGGCAAGCACAAGACUGGACCCAACCUUCAUGGCCUGUUUGGACGCAAAACAGGGCAAGCUGAGGGCUUCUCUUACACAGAUGCCAAUAAGAAUAAAGGUAUCACUUGGGGUGAGGAUACUCUGAUGGAGUAUUUGGAAAAUCCAAAGAAGUACAUCCCAGGAACAAAGAUGAUUUUUGCGGGUAUCAAGAAGAAGUCUGAGAGAGUAGACUUAAUAGCAUAUCUCAAAGAUGCCACUUCGAAGUAAAAGUUAUCUGCUGCCUUAUUUAUUUCACAAAGGAGAUGGCAAUGGAAAUGUCUGUGACAAGAUUGGUUUUUAAACUUUCUAUUUUUACAUAUACCAUGUCUAACCUUAAAAUCGGUCUUACCCAUCAGAUAAUGUUGCUUAUGGUGGGUCACUGAAGAACACACUUGGCAGCCGUUAACUUAUGAAAACUAUGUAAUUGGGUUGAUUUAAAUGAGUAUAAUGUUCAGUUGAUCUUAAUCACGAAAUUAAAAAAAACCCAAAACAUUU